GGAAACUUUUCGGCUGUUAUUGACAAUUAUUUGAGAGAAGGAAGAAGAGGACGACGACCAAGGAGGAGAAGUAGAACGAACGGGUUGGAGGACGAAUCGGAGGGCGUGGCUGUGACGUUGAAUCACAGGAGGAGGCGGAAGACGGCCUGAAAAUUCACUGUUCAUAGGAUCUUUUCUCCUUCUCUACUGUUUGGAGUCCCACUUUUCUUGGUCUCUCAAUCGGCUCCGUGUCGAGGGGAUGGAAUCGACCAGCAAAUUUUGAUAAGUACCCAUAUCGAGAAUCAUGGCUUCAAAUCGGUGUCUUGGGAAAUUAGUUCGUUCUGGGCCGGAAGGGAUUGAGAUUUGAUGGUGGUUUUUGUUAGCUUCCUUUUCCAAGAUCUUUAAUGGCAGGUGAAGAAUCGGUUGAGCUCAAAUUCAGGCUAUAUGAUGGCACAGACAUCGGUCCUAACAAGUAUUCCCCUGCCACAACAAUUGGUUCUCUUAAAGAGAUCAUUCUUACUAGAUGGCCGCAGGAUAAGGACAACGCCCCGAGAUCAAUCAAUGACAUUAAGCUCAUCAAUGCGGGUAAGAUAUUGGAGAACAACAAAACUCUUGCUGAGUCCAGGGUACCUGUUGGAGAGCUUCCCGGUGGAAUCAUCACCAUGCAUGUUGUUGUGAGGCCUCCUGCAUUUGACAGGAAUAAUGAGAAGCCACGUGCUGACUUCCAAAAGAAUAGAUGUUCCUGCUCCAUUCUAUAAUCACAAAUUAGACCGAUCCACCAUUUGUAGUUGGUACAGCGGGAAAUGUCAUACCACCAAUAGAUUUUUGUUUCUGUGCAUAUCUGGCCACAUGGCUAAGGGGUUGUACCCUUUUCCUCUUUUUGUUCUUCUUUGGGUUUUUUGGUUUAGGGAUAAUUGUUUAUUUGUGGUCGCCCAGAAUUUGGCAUUUUGUUCUUCUGGGAUACAGCUCUUUCUAAAUGAGCUCCCAUGAUUUGAUGGAGUUUCUGCUGUUUUUUUUACUUAUGGUUAACUGCUGGGGGUAGGCGUUGGAUAGAUGAACUUUAGGUGGUCACUUUCUCAGUCUUGAAUUAAGGAACGACCAUUCCAAUCGGAAUUCCAUGAUGUUACCUUUCAGGCCCAUUGUGUUUCAGAAUUCUCUGCAUGGUAAUGGAGUGUUCUGCUUUCCGAUUCA